GGAAUUCCGCGUCAUCUAAACAGCUACGCUACCCCGCGGUUUUGCCUUUUUUCUCUUGUUGACGAUGUGUGGGCGAUAAUGAGCAAUAUAGAACCUGUUUCGGGUGGCUUUUUAAGUGGACAAACUUAAUUAAAGGUUACAAAAAGCGUUGGUUUCUAAUUCAAGAUAAUUUACUGAGUUACUAUAGAGAGCCAAAUGCAGUGGGAAGGCAUUGUCGUGGAACUUUUGAUUUGUCUAAUGCACAUAUAUGUGCACCGAAUCUCAAACUUCAUUCAUUCUUAUUGAAAGUUCGGGCAGGAAACACCAUUUGAAAGCUCUAACAGAAGAAGACAAAGAAAAAUGGGUUUCUGCACUCAUAGAUCUUAUUUCUAGAUCCCAAAGCGUUCAGACAGAACUUGAAUCUGAUUACUCAGCGUUCAAUGUACCUCGAUCAGAAAGUGGAAACAAUCGUUCCCGAAAUUCCUUCAGAUUUAAUCUCAAGGGUAGAUCAAAACUCGAUCUUAAAACAACUAGUUCACCAGCUCUACCUCAACCAAAUAACACUCAGUCUGCAUUACAAAACAACUGUGAAUGUCCUAACCAAUCGUGUUCAAAUGAUCAUUUAGGCAAUUCAAGUUGUUUUGGUGAAAAGUUGAGAAGAGUAAAAGUCAAGCGUAAUGCAUCACGAACUAGCUGCAAAUCUCCAUUAGGCAUUCAAGCACAACAACAGUCACUUUCCCUACCAGUUUAUGGACAAGAUCAUAUAUCUAGUGAACAUAAUGUAAAAUAUGACACAGUGAGACGUUUGUCUCGUCAAAAUAUUCUUACAGUAGAGGAGAGCAGCCGUCUGGAGAUUAUGGAAUCUCUGAAGAAACGUCUACAGGAUCAUAUUAAUAAUAUAUAUUCGCAAGUUAAUAAUAUCGAGACAAUGCUGACAUCUGUCUCAAGUGAUUUAUGCAUUUCGUUGCAUCAGUCAAGUUCUUCCCCAUUAAAUUUAGAUGAACGCUUCUCUACCUCAGAUCUAGAAAGACGAACUACAUCUCUUAAAUUGGCCUUACUGGAGCAUCGUAAUGAUGCAAAAGAAUUUUAUGAGACAUGUAUUGAAGCUCUACAAUAUCUAACUGGAGCCUAUGCUAGAUUUAAUCGUCAACUAGUUUUAGAACAAGAACGUUGUAUAACACUGGAGAGGACUGUUGAACAGUUAGCUAAAGAAUUACGCAAUUUAGAAAUUCAAUUAAGUGCACAUCUACCGGCUAUGGUUCAAGGGAAGAGCAUAAAUGGAGUUAAAUGCACACCUGCUGCAACUCCACAAAGCCUACAUUCAUCUGAAAGAAUCCUUGAUGAAGAAGGUGAUGAAUUCUUCGAUGCAACAUCUGUACUUGAUGCAAAACAAAAUGAUUCUCCAGUAUCUUUAGUCGACAACUAUCGUGAUCGUGAUCACCGUGAUCGUCAUCCUCAUCCAUCUCGUCAUUCUCGUCAAUUGCAUUCACCAGGAACUUUUACAAAUACCUCGCAUAGUUUAUCAAUGCCAAAUAGUAGUGAAGUAUUUCAAGCCUCUUCAGCUAGCUUGAACAGUCUAGUGAAUGUUGUUGACGAGUCAUCGAUAUCGGGUAGUGAUUUCGAUCUACCAAAUGGUUUUAUGAAUAGACCUAUUCGUGUGAAUAGUGAUCUUGAUAGUGGUGGAGGAGGCAAUGAUUCUUUACAGUCUGAUGAUUGUCUUAACCUAUGUAAUAAAAGCCUGUCGAUUCAUCAACGUAAUCAAACACUGAAACGUGUCAAUCCCAAUGAAGGUGUAGUAGUCCGUAAACGUCGAAGUGCUAUACCUGUUUCACCAAAAAUUGCUUUAAAUUUAUGGGGUAUUAUUAAAAAUGCUAUUGGUAAAGAUUUGACAAAAAUUCCUAUUCCGGUUAACUUCAAUGAACCCUUAUCAUUCCUUCAGAGAGCUGUUGAAGACUUCACGUAUUCCUAUCUACUAGAUCGUGCUUCACAGACAUCGGAUCCUGUAGAACAAAUAGCAUAUGUUGCAGCUUUUUCUGUUAGUUGUUACAGUUCAACAGCUUAUCGAACUGGUAAACCGUUUAAUUCACUACUCGGUGAAACUUAUGAAUGUGAUCGUACUGAUGAUUUGGGUUGGCGUUGCAUUUUAGAACAAGUUAGUCAUCAUCCACCUGGAUGUAGUCAACACUGUGAAUCUCUUCGAUAUCAAUGGAAAAUUUGGCAAGAUUAUUUUUUAUCUACAAAAUUUCGUGGGAAAUAUUUAUCUAUCACACCUAAAGAAGGAACAGGUAAAACUAAUCUUCAAUUCGCGGAUGGUUCUCAUUAUACAUGGACAAAAGUCACUACAUUUGUGCAUAAUUUAAUUGUUGGUACAUUAUGGAUUGAUAAUUGUGGUGACUUGAUUAUACAAAAUCAUAAAAAUGGUUAUACAUGUAAUCUACAAUUUAUAGCACAUUCCUUUUUUAAUAGAGGACAGUCAAGACGAGUUACAGGUUUUGUAAAAAAUCCCUCCGAUAUACCAGUUGCAAUAGUUCAAGGGACAUGGGAUGAUCAUAUCGAAUAUCAACCUUUGUCAACUGAUAAAGUCCCUAUUGGUGAACCGAAAUUGUUAUGGAGAUGUAAUCCACUACCUCCGAAUGCAUCAGAUAUGUAUCAUUUCUCACAAUUCGCUAUUGAAUUAAAUGAAAUGGAAGAGGGUGUUGCACCGACAGAUUCAAGAUUUAGACCUGAUCAACGUCUUAUGGAAGAAGGAUUAUGGGAUCAAGCAAAUGAUGAGAAACGUCGUUUAGAAGUUAAACAACGGAAUAAACGACACGCUUGGGAAAAAGCAGUUCGAGAAGGUCUAACCAAUGAACCACUAUUCACACCGAUUUGGUUUGCUCCAAAAUACGAUUCCAAUGGUAAUUUAUAUCAUGUCUACCUGGACAAUUAUUGGCAAGCUAAAGAAAAACAAGAUUGGUCGAAAUGUCCUGAUAUUUAUUAAGAAUAAAUAAAUAAAAUCACAAUAUUUUCUCACAAUGCAAACUAACUCACUCAUCAGUGAGUUAGUCAGUUACCUUCUCAAUUGUCUUUAUAAUUUAUUGACACAAGCAGUAUUGAAUUCAGCAUUCCACGACUUCACUUUCUUCCAUCUUGAUGUCAAUAGUGAAGCAUGAUUGUCGUCUCUUCCCUGAUCUUUGUACUCUUCCUCUUUCCGUUUUAUUCAACUGUCUAUUGUUUGUAUACAUCCGAACACACACACACACACUCCCUUGUUGAUUGUUGCCUUUCCCUUUCUGACAUGUCUGGCUUUCGUCUUCUUCUUUGUCCUUUCCGACCCACCACCACCCCCGCCCUCCGUCUUUGACUCCUUCUUUUUGAAUACACUUUUGACCUAUGCGUUAGUUCCACACCCUUUCAGUCGUCCCAUCCCUCGCCCAUUUCCACUUCGUUCAUUUAUUGGUCUGUAAUGUUUGUGUAAAGCGAAAACAAGACUAUUUUUCACCAGGGCUUUCAUCUCACAGGCAAAACAAAAAAAACCCAGAAUAGAACAGAACAGAGCAGAACAAAACUUUCAAAUGAGUUGACAUACAUAUAAAAAUGUAUUUUGUAUUCGUUAACACAAAUGUCAUUCAUUUAAUGGACUCAUUAUUAUUAGUAGUAGUAGUGGGGUAGUGUGCUUUAGCUGUGGUUCCAUCCCACCAACUAUGACAUAAACACACACAGAUAUACAUGUAUACAUACACAGUUACACACAAAACUUUUUUUCAAAAAAUCCAAGCAAACAAACAAAUUCUGUUUUUUUUUCUUUUUCGUUUGUUUUUAUCAACAACCAGAUCCUACUAUCAUAUUUAUGUUAGUAGUAUAUAUUUUUGUAUUAGUUAGCGUGUAGAAUGAACUUUUAAUUUAUUUACUUCACCCCACCCCGCCACUCACCCACACACACACACCACCACGACUUUUUUAAGUAAAGAUCAGUUUUUAUUAUUAUUAUUUUUUUUCUGUUUGUAUUGUGUAAUAGCCGUGGAAGGAAUUGUUGCUAACAUACACCCACACACAGAGAGAAAGACAGGUGGUUGGUUUGUGUGUAUGUGCCUGUGUAAACCUUGAAAGAUGAUGACGUCAUACAGACUUUCAUUCUCUGCUCUCUAUUAAUACAUGUAUAUUUUCACUUUCAUAUAUAUAUAUAUAUAUAUAUAUAUGUUCACACCCACUGAUGGUGGUUUAAGAAGCCGCCGAAUAGACGGAGAGAGCAGCCUACAACAAACAACCUUUGAAGUAGUCUUCAUCAACUUUUACCGGCGCGCCUCUAUGUUCUUUCGUGAUAUCUUCAAACGAAUGAAUGGAUGGAUAGAUGGGAAAGGAGAGGAUUUGUGUGUACAGUUCUAGUGGUGAAUACUGUGUGAAGGAGGCUUGUAACAACAGCAUCCUUCUGACUUUUAAACUGUUUUAUUUUUUUAAAUGUUUUUUUUCUUUUGUUUGUAAAAUAACUUUUCAUUUUACGCGGAAUACAAAAAAAAAUAUCUCAGAAGAAUAAAAUUUAUUCCCUUAUCUCUACAGUUGUUUGUUUUUGUUUUUUAAACUUGUAUAUUUUUUUGUUCAUAAUUUUAAACAAAACUGUUCAAUGUUUCAAUAGACAAAUAGACAGAGAAUAAAGUUUGCCUGCUCAAAAAAACAAGAGCAUAGAUUUGUGUGUAUGCAUGUAUAUAUAUAUACAUGUGGUUAUAGAUAAAUAUUCAAAAUUUUAGACUGAAUGUUAGACAAAAUAUGGCGCUUCAUACGAUGUACUCACAGACACACACACACGUACAUACACAAACAAUGACUCACAUACUGUUUUAUUUCAUGGUAUUGUUUGUGGCUUGUCUACUCUUGUUGACACUUUCAUUAUUGUCUUUCUCUUGACUGUUUGUUAACGUGUGUGAGGGAGAGAGGCAGUGAGUUGUGCGUAGCAGCGCGCUAUUUUGUUUUAUUUAGCCUUUUAACUAAUAACAACAAGAAAAACAGCAAAAAUGAAUAUGGACUAGUAAACUUUCUGUGUCAAAGUUCAUUAUUUAUAUAUUUUUUUCAUUUUAUACUCGUGAUCUGAGUUAUUUGAACACUUCUCGUGUGUUCUGUCUUGUUUUACCGUUUGCUUGCCUAAUUUCUAACUACUUUUUCUUUGGAACUAUUUUUGUUAAAUCACAGAAAAGUUGGGAAGUGAAUAUUAAUUUCUCAUAAAAAUACAACACUGACAACUAACUGGA